AGAAGGGAGAGUUAAGUUUUGAAUACUUCAUCAGGAAGCAUUCCUCUGGGUUUCUCGUAGUUGCUGAGAAACGCACGCUCGAGAUCUUUGCUCCUGCUCUCGCAGAAAAUCUUGUGUCCAGUAGUUAUGGGUGAUCUCAGUGUGAUAGUGUACGAAAACGGCGGGAAACUUCCCGAACAGACAGUCCUCAGCUGCAUCAGGAAAGCCUUCAAGUUGGGUUUCUCAACAAUUGCUCUCAACGUGAUCGUGGGCGAUACAGAACUCAAUUCGAAAAAAGCCCUCCCGAAGCCAAUCCUCUACGACAUUCCUGAACAAUGCGUUAUGGAAGCGCGAUCUCAGAAUCGGAGACUCAGGUUAUUGUCGAGAUUGUCAGGAAAAAUCACUGACAACCAGCAAGCUCACAAACUACAGCAUGACACCGUGUCGUCCGACUACGACAUCAUAGCAGCCUAUCCCACGACUGACGGGUUGUUGAAUUCCGUGAUCGUACAUGGGGGAGUCGACAUUAUCUAUUACCCUCUACUAGAGAGAUGCACCUGGCCAAAAUAUAGUUCUAUAAGCUUCGCCACGAGCAAAGGAAUUCUCUUCGAGUUGCCCUAUACGACGCUGAUGGCGGAUCAACGGAUCACCGCGUUGAAGAACAUGCGCCGGCUCACACUACGAGACAAGAAAGGCUUCAUCUUCUCGUCGAACGCCACAAGUCCCGACAUGAUCCGAGGUCCCCUCGAUGUGAGCUUUCUGGGUCAUAUGCUGGACCUAAACGCGGAUUUAUCCCGCCGUCUGGUAUGGGAUGGACCAGAGGCCGUGAUUGUGCACGCCGAAACGAGAGGACGCAAAGAACGAGGCAGUGUGAUGACUCUCCUCGCGAGGAGCGCACCCGAAGGCGAGCGGUGGCUCGUCGAAGCUUGCCUUGAUGUCGAACCGAGCUGAUGAAAGUUGUCGAGAGUUUCAAAUAAAAAGGUGAUAAAUUCAAUUUAA